AUGAUCUUGCUCGGCACCGAAAACAUCAUCAUCCGCGAUGUCUUGACAGAAAAGUUCGAAAAACCCGCAUCAGUUGACCAAACUUUCACCGACUUUGACGGCGUAGCCUACCACCUGGAAUCCACGAGCAAAGCAGGCCCGCUGACACUCUCGAUGGACAUCCGAUGUUGGUCCGAGCUGGUACAGGCUGGUGCACUCGACGUGCUCAAGCGCGAGUACGGGUCGUGGAUCCGAGACUCGGUGGAACCGGAAUACAGCGUGACGCUCGAAUUCGACUAUGCCAAAGUGCCAGCUGCGGGGCCGGAACGCGAUGCGCUCAUCGCCAGCGUCUCGCUGCUGAAACGCAACGCCAUGGCAGCACCAUUCGAACGCGCAUUUGCGAUGCAGAAGAAGCUGGAAGAGGAAGCUGAAAGCACGGUGCCCAGCACGGGGACGGAGAUCAUGCCGAUCAACUACCGAGACGACGAAGCGAUCUACGUGAUCCCUUCAGCGGAUCGUGUCACGGUGGUGUUUACCACGACGUUCAAAGAGGAGACAGACAAGGUGCUAGGCAAGGUGUUUCUGCAAGAAUUUGUGGAUGCACGCAGGCAACCAUCGAUCCAGAAUGCGCCGCAGGUGUUGUACUCGAAUCGCGAACCUCCGCUCGAGGUGCGCAACGUGGCCGGUCUCAACAAGGGCGACGAUGUGGGCUACGUCACGUUUGUGCUGUUCCCGAGACAUUUCAGCAACGCCGAGGUGAUGGCGGGCACCAUCUCGAGGAUCCAGCUGUUCCGCGACUACCUGCACUACCACAUCAAGUGCAGCAAGGCGUACAUGCACAGCAGGAUGCGUCACCGUGUCGCCGAGUUCCUCAAGGUGCUCAACAGGGCCAAGCCCGAGCUGGCGGAGAAGGAGAGGAAGACGGCUAGCGGUAGGACGUUCCGCCGCGCGUAG